AUGUCAGGGCUGAAUAGUGAUCAGCUGCAUCGCUCCACCUUGGGGAUUUAUUCGAGUUUGAUGGAUGACUUCAACCCAAGCUUACAGAAGCUCGUAUCACUGGGAAACAGCUACAUCCAAGCUUUCCAGGCUCUUGCUGUAAAAAGUGAAGCUUACUUCAAUGCACUUUCAAAAAUUGGAGAGAUGGCUCUACACACCAUAUCAUCCCACUCUUUAGGAGAUGUUGUGAUCCAGAUGGCUGCGAACCAAAGGAGACUUACCUCAGAACUGGAGGGAAUAUUUCAUUGGUUCCAGGCAGAAGUUCUUCAGGAGAUGGACAAUAACAUUCGACUGGACAAAGACUACAUAGCAAGCAGCAGGAAACGUUAUGAAAUGGAAGUCCACAACCAGGCGGUGGCUCUGGAGAGACAACUAAGGAGAGGAACUAACCAGGACCAUAGUGAGUAUGUGCAGUUCCUCAGGGAAAGUCACCGUGAGGCUCUGAAGGAGGAGGAGAGGCGAUACCGGUUUGUGGCUGAGAAACAUGGUGGUCUGAUACAGUCCAUUGCACAACUCAUGAAUAAGAAUGUGGGAUCUCUCCAGAAGAAAGCUGACACCUGGUCAGAGGAGGUAAACGCCACCAGGAGACCAGAAACCAAGCAACCCACCUCUGUAGACAACACUGUUGGGAUGAAGGAGGAGGAGUUUAGAAAAAACAAAGAGGAGCAGCUUCUUGGCACAGUACCAUCAAGGGCUCCUUCUCCCUUUGGAAGGGUUUCUCGUUCCGGCUCUGUUGUGGACUCAGUGAGUACUGGAGGCAGAUCCGUGAGAGCCCUGGUGGCCCACCAACCUGGGGGCUCCGACGCCACCCUACUGAACUUCAAAAGGGGGGAGAUGAUCACCGUCCUGGUCCCACAGUCCAGGAACGGAUGGUUGUAUGGAUGUGCAGAAAGCAGCGCACGUCAGGGAUGGUUCCCUGCCUCCUUCGUGGAAGGAAUAGAUGAUGGCUCUAAGCUGACCUCAUCCAGGACCAAGAGCAGCAGCAUGAGCAACCUGCUUGACCAACCAGGAAGUAGCAGCAACAGUGCAGCCCUGCCCCCUGCACCUCCACCACCACCGUCCCAAAUGACCCAAUCGGCCCAACCGGCCCAAGUGGUCACUGACAAACGGCCAGAGUCCAGUUCAGAAAAAAAGAGACCACAACCACACCAAGGACGACCGGAACUCUUCCCCAAGGGUACCAACCCGUUUGCUACAGUGAAGCUGAAACCCACAUCCACCAAUGACAGAUCGGCUCCACGUUUAAGACGCUGA